CACGCACGCACACACACACAGGGAGGGACUUGUAGCGGAAAAAGCAGCAGGAGUCGAAACCGUUAUAGCCGAACAUCUUUAAAACAGCAGAAAAUAUUCCUUUUUCAGAAGACAGGAAGGUAAAAACCCGCAUCUUUCAGCUAGUUUGUGGUUUAAAACAUGGCGUCGUCUCCUCAGAAGUCUCCUUCCUCUCCGAAAUCUCCGAGUCCCAGAUCACCGGCCUCCAGGAAAAAGGACGACUCCUUCCUCGGGAAACUCGGUGGAACUUUGGCCCGGAGAAAGAAGGCGAAAGAAGUUUCUGAGCUCCAAGAAGAGGGCAUGAAUGCAAUCAACCUGCCCCUGAGUCCCACUCCGUUUGAGCUGGAUCCUGAGGACACCAUGCUGGAGGAGAACGAAGUCCGCACGAUGGUCGAUCCCAACUCCAGAAAUGACCCUAAACUCCAGGAGCUGAUGAAGGUCCUCAUCGACUGGAUCAAUGAUGUUUUAGUAGGAGAACGAAUCAUCGUCAAAGAUCUAGCCGAGGACCUUUAUGAUGGACAGGUUCUUCAAAAGCUGUUUGAGAAGCUGGAAGGAGAGAAGCUGAAUGUUGCUGAGGUUACACAGUCGGAAAUUGCCCAGAAGCAGAAGCUACAGACUGUCCUGGAAAAGAUCAAUGACACGCUCAAAGUGUCCUCCAGGAACAUCAAAUGGAACAUCGACUCAAUACACGCCAAGAGUAUCGUCGCCAUACUGCACCUGUUGGUGGCUCUGUCUCAGCACUUCCGGGCUCCGAUCCGACUCCCAGACCACGUCUCUAUACAAGUGGUUGUGGUUCAGAAACGUGAGGGCAUUCUUCAGUCUCAGCAGGUCCUAGAGGAAAUUACUGGCAACACCGAGGCACUUUCUGGAAGGCAUGAGCGUGACGCAUUCGACACCUUGUUCGAUCAUGCACCAGACAAGCUGAACGUGGUUAAAAAAACUCUCUUGACAUUUGUGAACAAGCACUUAAACAAGUUGAAUCUGGAAGUCUCUGAGCUGGACACACAGUUUGCUGAUGGCGUGUACUUGGUUUUGCUGAUGGGGCUCCUGGAGGGAUAUUUUGUUCCGCUCUACAACUUCUUCCUCACCCCAGACAAUUUUGACCAUAAGGUGCACAACGUUUCAUUUUCCUUUGAGCUGAUGCAAGAUGGCGGUUUGGAGAAGCCGAAACCAAGGCCAGAGGACAUUGUCAACUGUGACCUUAAGUCCACGUUACGCGUCCUCUACAACCUCUUUACCAAGUACAGGAAUGUGGAAUGAAUUCCUGGUCUACAGCACUCACUUUGGAAAUGGCUUAAUCAGUAUUAGCUAAGUUUUUUUAUUGUUUAAAUUACAAUAUUCAGUAUUAUUUACAGUAUUCAGUAUUAUUUCAAAGUCUGCUCUGCAUUUAUCCGACAUGCUAUGAAAUCUGAAUAUUAUCAUUUUUGUUUACACAGCGAUGAAGGAUUGAGUGAUGAAACUAAUAGUGGGUUAAUGCUAAGCAUGUUUCUUGCUUCUUGUUUCAUCAAGAUAUUUCUAUGCUUUUUUAAUCUGAAGAGAUUAUCAGAGUUGUCUCUACAAAUCAGGUCUUCCAAUCAGGCUUCCCAUCUAUUACACCCAGGUCCAGGAUAAAGCCUUAUACUUGUCCAACAUACAGUUGUCCAGGGCUUAGUCCAGACGUGGACACAUGACAGACGCUGACAUGUGGAACUGAUAGGUUUGAUCGAAGAGCCAGACCAAUUUUUUUUAAUAUGUAGUCUUGAGAAAUGAUUCCCCAGGCUUCCUGAAAGCUUUUUUUGGCUCUCAUUGUGGGCAAGUUUUUGGAUUUUAUUUUCAGUCCAGUUCCUGUACCUGACCUGAGGAAUGUUUUUUGUUUAUUGAGCCACAUAGUGACCUAGGAAUCUGCCAUGCGUCCACAUCUGGACUAAACCCCGGACAGCGUCCCCAGUUCUCUUUUGGUGACAGCGAGGCUGCUUCCAGUUUUUUAUUUUCUAUCACUAAAUGCGUUUCAAAACGAGGAAAUAAAUAAAGCAAGGUCUUUUACUUUUUAUUUUAAAUUGUUGCAUGGAGGUUGGGAUAGAGGAAUCUGUCUUGCACUCUAUUAAGUGAACAGACCAAAUUAUCUAGUUCAGGCACUUUAUUGUGCUGUUGAAUAGGCUUCAAUGUGUUUUUUUUCUACUUGUAUGAAACUUCUAUAGAUCUGAAGCAAACAGACAUGAAAUUGCCUUCUCCACCCCCAAGGCAAUCAUAGAAUUCAAACCAUAAGCAGACGAUUGCUACUAGUUUGUAAGAAUGCGACAUGACUAUUCUGGAAAAAAAAAAAAGGAUUCCUUCGUGCAGUUUAACGUGAAGGUCGGAGCGAUCAUUUGUUUCACUGUUGCGGUUUGAAUGCAGUGUGUGUGGGGCCUGACAGGCUGAGAGGAAAAGCGAAUUCCUGUCCUUGUGCUUUCCUUAUUCACCACUGACCAUUUUGUGGGACCGUCCUGUGUGUACUUUUCAACGAAUGAAAGACGAAUAAAUUGAUCUCGAUCGCUCAGUCACAUUUAAUAACUUUCAGACCAAAGGCUGCAUUUUAUUUAACCCCUCAAACAAAAGGCUCGCUUGAGGCAGACGCAGUGUUUCAUUUUAAUGGCUCAGACCGGCACUCUUCGUUCUGCAAUAAAGUCGCAUGAUGAAAUCUGGGUUCUAUCGCUGAAACAGUGGAAGGGUUUCGUCUUCUCAAAAGCAAAGGUCACAUAUUCUUCCUUGUUUAAUGGGGCAGUACGGCACCACUGGGCCCAACAAGGUUAUACCAGAGGUCAAGGGAUAAUAGGAAAUGUGGAUCGUUUAGGGUGCGCUUCUCUGUGUAAUUCGCAUGAAAACCUCCAGGUUUCAUCAGCUGUGGAUUUUUAAUGUGCAGAUAGUUUUUUUUUUUCCAUUCGGCUUCAUGGACAUAACAAGUUGAAUAUCUUAAUUACACCGAGUAAUGUGCUUAUGACAGAGAACUGUGGCUGAGUUACACUUUCACACAGGUUUUGUUGAACUAAAACUUGAAUUGUAGGCUCCGGUGCCAGGCUGUAAACUCUUUUUUUUUUUUUCCACGUUUCCAAAUUGCACACUUUUUAUCCCAAAAAUACUAUUUCAAAAGAAGCAUUUUUUUUUUU